AUGGAGCAGGAUAGUCUGCGUACCGCGUCUCUGUACAUCAACAACCAGCUUCUUUCCCGCGGCCUGCUACGGAAUGGCCAAACAAUUGAUUUUGCGUGCCCUGAGACGGGCGAGGGAGGGACGGAGGCUACAACGGGACGAGUCAUAAGUGUCAUAAACGAUCUUAUACUUCGUCGAGAUCGCGAUGCGACCCAACGCGAGAAUCUCUCCCACACCAUACGUACUCUGCGCGCUGACUCUCUACGCCAGUCGACAGAUCUCGAGCGCGUGGUUGCUAAAUAUGCCGACUCGCAGCGAAAGUUGGGGUUGGCGGAAGCCACCGAACGUGCUUUUAAGCAGCAGAUACGCAGCGCGGAACAAUCGGCUAGAGCGUCAAAAGAGGAAAUGGGGAGGAUGAGAGUGCUUGUUAGCCAGACGAGACGCCAGUGCGCAAAUGAGCUCCGGAAAAGGGAGCGUGUUAUUGAGGGUUUGAAGAAGCAUGUUGCUGACGGCCGGAGACCACGAGGAAGUGGCAAGGCUGUUGGGGUUAUUAGCGUGAAUGUAGUAGCUGGUGUGGGUGGUGAUACUGAAAAAACGGGGGACGAUGUUUCUAUUGCCGAUACGAAUUAUGACCUACGAAUGGAAACGAACGAGUUCUUGACGGAAUUGGCGAGGGGUUUGAGUGAAGAAAACGAAAAUAUAGGGGCCCUGUUGAGGAGAACAGUCCAAACACUAAGGACUUUGAGUGGAUGUGAAAAGGGGACCGCCCAGGAAGGUAGCAUGGUGGCAGAGAUGGAGACGGGAUAUGAGAACUUGGAUACCGAAAUGGGGUUCAUAAUUGAGCAUUUACGAAAUUUAUUGACCAAUCCGUCUUUUGUACCGUUGGAGGAACUCGAGAUCCGAGAGGAAGAAAUCAUACGGCUAAGAGGGGGCUUCGAAAAGAUGGAGUCUAGGUGGUUGGAGGCAGUUCAAAUGAUGGAUGGAUGGCGCAAACGGAUGGCAAGGGGCGGCCAAACGGUGAACUUGGAAGAGUUGAAGAUGGGGCUUAGGCUGAGCCCCCUUAAGCCUAAGGAGGGAGAGCCUGAACCUGGAUUUGGGCUCUCGACGCUGCUAGAGGAGGCUGAAUGCGAUACCCAAGCAGAAAUUGACGCACUGUGUGAUCCGGGCCUUCCAACGCCCUCGGAGCCGGAAUUUGAAGCCGAGAAUUCAGAUGCCUCAGAGUCUAGCCUAUUAGAAGAAGAUGCUAUGGAUCAGGUAUCGAGGGAGGAUUUUGCGGAGCCACAGCACGAUAUCACGAUAAAUACAGAUUCCUCUUUCUCCCCCGGCCCGCCUCCACAGCUCUCUCCGCUUCGAGCGACGUCCGGGAAUCGCGGGUCAAAGUCCUCUCAGCAGGAAUAUAUGGAUACGACCGCAGAAGAUGAGACUUGUGAUUUUGUUGGGCCUCCACUGUCGCCUCCAAAAAGAAAUCCCCGACAAGCUGAAUCGUGCAAGGAUGAAAGUUCACAGCUCUCAUCGACACCUUCGGACGAAAUAUCCCUCCUCAAAACCUCCAACAUCCAUCACCGAUCACCACGCAAAAUAUUUAACCAACUAUCAAUGCCUGAAUCCAUUCCAAAAAUACAACCAACAGCGUCGAGCAAGUUGCCACGUCCGCGAGACAACCCACUCCCGCAACAAAGUCCGCUAACAAUGGCAUCCAUAGCUGCAAAACUAGCGGCAACGGCGCGAGAAGCGGAUGCUGCGAGAGUCAGAGCUAAGAUUAAAGCUGCUAAGCUGAAUAGGGUGACACCCCCAAGUCUGGAAGCAACGAAGCUCAUGCCUUCAUCGUCAAAACCGCAGACAAAUGAUGAGGAUUUCGAGCCAGGCCAAAAGGAUACCCACACGGCCACAGUUGAAGGGACCAAGAAGAGAAAAGCAAAUGGCAGAAGUCAGGGUGGGAGAGCAUGUAGGAGGAGAAGUACACUGAGUCCGUGGGAGUUAGAGAGUUUGAUGCUAGGUGGUGGGGGUGGUAGGAAUAGUUAG